GUGCACUGUGCAAAUAAAUUUUUGUGAUAUGUUUUCAUUUUUUCAAGUUGGUUAUGAAUUUCUUAUCACUAUCUCAUUUUCUUUCAAUCUUUCUUCUUUAUAACUUUCCCUAUUAAAUUUGAUACAAAGAUAUGUUUGCGGCGUAUAAUAGAUUACUUCUUAGAAGACCAAUUGUGACAAAUAUGGUCACCACAGGGUUCCUCUUUGGUGCAGGGGAUUUAUCUGCUCAGGCAUUCUUCCCAUCACAAGAUCAAGCAAAAUUUAAUUUCAAGAGACUUGCAAGAACAAUCAUAUUCGGGGGAGUUGUAUUCGCACCAAUUGGGGUCCGGUGGUACCUGUUAUUAGGUAAGAUCAAUGUAUUCCGGUCAACAUUGGGUAAUUCUCUUGUACGUGUAGCCGCAGAUCAACUUAUCUUUGCUCCAUUCAUAGGUAUUCCAUUAUUCUAUUCAGUGAUGGCUUGCUUUGAAUUAAAUCCAAAUCCUGUACAAGAAGCGCGAACAAAAUUAGAAAAAUACUGGUGGACAACUUUACGGAAUAAUUGGACUGUUUGGCCAGCGUUCCAAUUGAUAAAUUUUGCACUUGUUCCAGCUCAAUUCAAGCUUUUGGCUGUGAAUUUAUUUAGUAUUGGUUGGAACUGUUACUUGAGCUAUUUGUUAAAUCUGUCUACAGGCACUGUUUUAAAAGAAGAGCCAGAUCAAAUCAUGAUGUAAUAAGAUUAUGCAGCAAAUUAAUGAAUUUUUAUAGUGGAAAAACUUAAAAAAUUAGUGCGUAAUUUUGUUCCAGAGCCUAAAAUUUUAGUGAGAUAAAUUGCAGUAAACGCAAAUUAAGUGCUGGAAAUCUGGUGCAAAAUGGUAGCAACAACAUUGAGAGGAGAUUAGAACAAUCUUUACUGUGAUAUAAUAUCCCACUUCAAGGUAAUGAGCCUACUACAGCAUGUUACAUAUAUAGUUC